CAAUUUUCGGAAAAUUGAAAAUAAAAAAGGCUCAACACAAUCUCCACAUUUAUAGACAGUGAAGAGAUACAUGUUACACAACAGACCAAACAAGAAGAAACCAAAUCAAACACAUUAGUUCUGUUGUUUUUCGUUCAAUCCUCAUAAUAAAACCGUUAAAACAGCAAAACCCUUAUCUUGAUAGACUUCAGCCAUCCAUUAUUUUCAUCAUUUAUAGAGAGAAAGAAGAGGAAGGAAAUGAACAUGGAAGGUGAAUCUAUCUCUGAGCUUCUUUGUCAAGAAAGUGAGAAUUGUCUUGUAGAAGAUGUGGUAGAUGAGGAUACAUUUGUUGACUUGGCAAGAAGUAGAGAGGAAGAAGAAGGGUAUGUGGAAAUGCUGGUUGAAAGAGAGAUCAAUUUUAGAUUCAAAGGUGAUCAACCUAUGGGUUUUGACAAUUGGCUCAGAUGUGCCCGAUUGGAAGCCAUUGCUUGGAUUCUUAAAACUAGAGCAAUCUUUGAUUUCCGCUUCCAAACAGCUUAUUUGUCCCUUGCAUAUUUUGAUCGAUUCCUCUCAAAGAGGUCUAUUGAUAGUGAGAAAUUAUGGGCCGUCAGAUUAUUAGCAGUGGCAUGUCUUUCUUUGGCUGCAAAAAUGGAGGAGAUAAAAGUACCUGCUUUAUCAGAGUUUCAGAUUGAAGAUUACAACUUUAAAACCCAAGUAAUUCAAAGAAUGGAGCUUUUGGUAUUAAAUACAUUGGAAUGGAGAAUGAUUUCCAUUACUCCUUUUGCUUUUCUACAUUACUUGAUCAUCAAAUUCUGCAAAGACUCCCCACCAAGACAUAUAAUAUCAAGGAUUGUGGGAUUCAUCUCUACUUUAAUGAGAGAGAUCAAUUUGAUGGAUCAUAGACCGUCUGUUAUAGCAGCUGCAGCCACCUUGAUGGCCCUAGAUCAGAGCUUAACAAGACGAGCAUUGGAGUGUAAGAUAAAUUCCACUUACUCUGAGUUUCUUGAAAUUGAAGAUGUGUUUCAAUGCUACAAUCUAAUUCAAAAACUGGAAAUGGAGAACCUUAACACACCAAAGCUUGUAAAUUCGCAGGAUGUUUUAGAGAAUUCUUCAAUGACUUGUGCAAUUAGCACUAAGAGGAAGAGACUUGCAUUCGAUAAUUCUGAUAUAAAUUAUGGGUUAGCUGAUGAGAAACGGCAACGAUGGCUAGAGAGACACUGAGACACUCUGGUUUCCAAGGGCUUCAAAGGGCUAAUUUUUUCUUUCUUCAAUUCAUGGCUUAUAUAAAGGAUUACUUAUGAGUAUUUUUGGAUUAUUACUGGAUGCAUGGAUAUGAUUUUGGAGUUGAUUGGAAGUGUUUCCUCAAGGAAUGAUUAUAGAAAGGAGAAAAAUGGAAGUAAAAGAGAGUGCUUGUAAAACAGUCAGUUCAUAGGUUUACACGCCUGUUCAAUUCUUUGUUUCUUUUAAAUGUCAUUUCUUGCUCUUUUUAAAAAUUUCUUCAUUAUUACAAUAAUAAGAAUAAUUAUUUCUUACCUUUCUUUCUAGGUUUAUGAAACCUAACUUUUGAUGGGAUGUUUUCUUGCACCUUUGAAAAGGCUGAUAGUGUAAUUGUGGAGUAAAAGAGUUGCUCUCUGUUUUUGUGAUUUGAUAAAUCUGUGCUGCAUGUUGGCCAUGGGGCAGAGAUUGAUGUGAUUGAAUUUGUUUGAAUGUCUGGCUUUUCCCUGGAAACCUUUGUUGGCUGAAUUGAGGUUAGAGGGGGUCAAGAAACCCUACACAUUGCUUGUGGAAUCAAAAGGAAUUUCUCCAGUGAUUACCCUUUGACGGAAUAAUGGAUUUCCGUUUCUAUGAGUUAUCAAUUUAGUUCCUGUGUUGAUAUUGAUGGCCAUAUGCCUUAUUAUUACUUUUCUAGUGAUGUUAGCAUUGGUGUUCAUUUGCUUCUUAUAUGAGAUUUUUUCUUUUUGAAUAAAUUACAAUUUAAUUAUAAAA